AUGGCUCAAGACGUUGAUAUGCUUGACAAAAUGAACGACUCUCAAAUUGUGGACAGCGGGAGAACAAGUGGAUUUGAACGAAUGAUCCUCAUGAUGAAAGCAAAUCCUUUGAUACCUGUUGGUGUGAUUGUCACUGGAGCUCUGCUUAUCCGCAUGAAGUAUGCUAGCCGUAAAGAAUUCGGAUACUUAAUCUAUUUACGUCCGCUGAGUCAAGCAAUUACAUUUUCAAUGAUUAUUUACACCGCAUAUACUACACCUGAAAUUUUUAACAAAAGUUCCUGUAAGUUAUCAAAAUAA